UUGGAAUCCUGUCAAUUGCAAUAAAAGAUUACUAUGUAUGUAAAAAUGUGUAUCUACAAGUACUUGGCUACGAUCCCAACUCGCUAUAUGAAAAUUUGUGAUUAAAGUCUAAUUACAUCUUCAGUUAAUUGUUCGGUCGGUGCUAAGAGCUCAUGAGAUGUAGCUUUUCUUAUAAAUAGAACACCAGGUCACAUUUCCUAGAUUAUGAGUAUUUCCUAGAUUUGGUUGUUCAGCAGCAGGCGGCCUUGCCAUGGCUUCUGGCCACAAUAGCCUUUCUCUUCAUAAUAAAUCAAAGACGGCCACAAAAACAGAAAACUCCGCCGGGUCCAAAGCCAUGGCCGAUCAUAGGAAAUCUGAACCUCCUCGGCUCCAUCCCACACUAAUCCUUAGACUCUCUGUCCCAAAAGUACGGUGAGCUGAUGCUCCUAAACUUCGGCUCCACCCCUGUUUUAGUCGCCUCCUCUCCCCAAGCAGCCAAACUUGUCCUGAAAACGCACGACGCCGUUUUCGCCUCUCGCCACGCGCCCGCCGUAGGUGCACACCACUUUUCGAAGGCACAGCACUGUUCUGGUCUCCUUACAGGCCCUGGCGGAGGAUUCUAAGCUCUGAACUCGGCACGCCUCGGAAGCUUGACUCGCUCGAGUACGUCCGGGUCGAGGAAAGAAUGGCUCUUAUUUCCCGCCUUUACGCGGUGGCGGCGGCGAGUGUACCGGUCCUGCUUCGAGACUAUCUGUCAAAACUGACAUGUUCCAUUUCAGCUAGACUACUUUCAGAUCACAAGAAAUCAUGCAAAACAGGGGACGGGAGGGAAUUGAGAACUACGCCGAUCGAUAUGAAGACGACGAAUGAGCUUGUGGAUGAAUUUUUUCAACUCGGCGGGUUGGGCAUCAAUCUUGGGGAUUGGGUUCCAUGGCUGCGCCCCUUUGACCUGCAAGGCUGUGAGAAAAGAGUGAAAGCUUUUAGCCAGGACUCCCAGGAGUACGAGCAGUUUCUGGACCCAGUGAUUGAGGAGCAUAGGGCGUUGAUGAAAGCCGCCGGCAAGGAUUUUGUGCCCAAUGGAUUGAUCGAUGUUUUUUUUGCGGCGGACCGAUGAUCCAAAUCUUGAAGAGUCCGAGGUUUCUCUCACCCGUCAUCCAUGGCCUUAAUACACGUGUGUGCCGUGUGCUUACCC